ACUAAACCAGUCAAUCUCCAGUGAGUAGCGUUAUCCCUAAACCAAAGGCCAAGGCGCAGUGAAGUGGCGGAUUGGAGAGGAAGAUGAAGGUCGUGGCGUUAGUCAGCGGCGGCAAGGACAGCUGUUACGCCAUGAUGAAAUGCAUCGAAUACGGCCACGAGAUUGUUGCAUUGGCGAAUUUGUUACCGUCUGAUGAUUCGGUGGAUGAGUUGGAUAGCUAUAUGUAUCAAACUGUUGGACACCAAAUAAUUGUGAGCUAUGCUGAGUGCAUGGGGUUGCCAUUGUUCAGAAGAAGGAUACAAGGCUCUACAAGGCAAGCCGUUUUAUACGGAAAUUCUUUGGUAUAAAAACCUUACCUACAAAAUGACACCAGGAGAUGAAGUUGAAGAUUUGUUUAUUUUGUUGAAUGAAGUAAAAAGACAAAUACCAUCUGUUACAGCAGUAUCUUCAGGUGCUAUUGCUUCAGAUUAUCAAAGGCUACGUGUGGAAAGUGUUUGUUCUAGGUUAGGAUUAGUUUCUCUGGCAUAUUUGUGGAAGCAAGAUCAGUCAAUUCUCCUUCAUGAAAUGAUAACCAGUGGUAUUAAGGCAAUCACAGUUAAGGUUGCAGCUAUGGGGUUGGACCCUGGAAAACACUUGGGCAAAGAAAUAGCAUUCUUGGAUCCUUAUUUGCAUAAGUUGAAAGAAUUGUAUGGGAUUAAUGUCUGUGGUGAAGGAGGGGAAUAUGAAACAUUGACACUUGAUUGUCCACUCUUUGUUAAUGCUCGAAUUGUGCUCGAUGAAUUUCAAGUUGUACUACACUCCCCAGAUGCCAUUGCCCCAGUUGGGGUCCUUCAUCCCCUGGCAUUUCAUUUGGAGAGUAAGUCAGUGUCCUCUUCAUUAAGUGGCAGUGAGAAAACUGAGAAUUUAUGUAAAGAGAAAACUGGUGUUGUAUUUGAAGUGCAAGGAGAGUAUCCUGAAAGAUGUGAGAGUAUUAGCCAGUCUACUGCUGAAGUUACCAAUCUAGUUGAAGUUACAAAUCACAGACUUUACAGUUCUAAGACAAAGAAAGAUAAUGCAUUUUCUAUAAGUUGCUGGUUGCAAGUUUCAUGCAAAACUUCAGCAGGUUUGCAAGAAGAUUUAACAGUUGUGCUAAAGCAAAUUGAAUCACAACUUGUCGGAUAUGGUUUGGGCUGGGAGCAUGUCCUCUAUGUACAUCUCUACAUUGCUAAUAUGAAUGACUUUGCAAUAGCAAAUGAGACAUAUGUGAAAUUUAUUACACAGGAGAAGUGCCCACUUGGUGUUCCAUCCCGCAGUACAAUUGAACUGCCUUUGUUGGAAUCUGGUUUUGGAAAGGCAUACAUUGAAGUUCUAGUGGGAAAUGAUAAAAGCAAAAAGGUUUUACAUGUACAAAGUAUAUCCUGCUGGGCACCGAGUUGCAUUGGACCAUAUAGUCAGGCGACCUUGCAUAAGGAAGUACUUCACAUGGCUGGACAGUUGGGCCUUGAUCCUCCCACCAUGGCUCUGUGUGAUGGAGGCCUUGCUACAGAGCUGGAGCAAGCACUACAAAACAGUGAAGCUGUGGCAAAAAGAUUUAAUAGUUCAAUAUCUACGUCAACUAUUUUCUUUGUUAUUUACUGUUCAGCACGUGUUGCAUUGUCUGAGAGACAAAAAAUACUGGACAAGCUGGACAAUUUUCUGAAGCAAUUGAGAAUCUCUUAUUUAGAAGGAAGCAUGUCUAAAGUACUUGAUCCCAUUUUCCUGUAUGUCCUUGUCUCUGAUCUACCAAAAAGAGCACUUGUAGAAAUAAAACCCAUUCUUCAUGUCACGGAGGAUUUGGAAACAGAGAGUGAGAUUGUGCAAGACCCAUAUCGUAUGAACACACCUAAUUAUCGGGGUUUCCAGCAUGCAGAUUGGCAUGAUUCUUGCCUUCAGAAAUGUGUUAUUGGUGAAAAGAUAUGUGCUAUGUUUUUAAGUAUCACUGGUGAAGUUGCUGCCAAUAUCUGUUCAGAGGCUCAAAGUGCCAAUCAUAAUGUGACUCAUCAAACUUCUCUGACAGAGGGACAAAUGGAAAGAAUAUCACAGUUUUGCAUGUAUCUUCUCAAUAAAACAAUCAUAGAAAAUAACUUCUCUUGGGGAGAUGUAAUGAACUUGAGACUCUACAUCCCAACAAGCAUUGGCAUGCCCAUGGAGACACUGUCGGCCAUCUUCACCAAUUCAUUCAAUGAACUCACUAGAAUGGAUCAGAGGCUGAAAAUUGAUGGGGAAACCAUUUUUAACCUUGUUCCAGUCUUAGGUUCUGGAAAGUCUGCUGCAUCCAUGAAUGAUAUAAUUACUUGCGAAUUAUUUGCGCAGAGAUGCUGAAACUUGGGAAAGUUUAAUUGAUGUUAAGAUAUUUAUAGAAAAACCAUUUCAUAACAUUCUUGAUCUUUUCGCCAAGAUUGGGGGUAGCAUGUAAAACCAAGUGAUGAUAAAAUUUGGUCAAGCUACAGUAUUCAUUUGAGGGCUAAAAGUUUUGGGCAUUGAUACCUCAGAUUUUUUACAAUAGAUUUUAAGUGCUUUAUUAAUCAAAUUUUAAUUUUAUA